AGUGGAAACACAACAGGAAAAGAAGUCUAAUGAGCUCACUCCCUCCCCUUCCCAAAACACACUUCCUGUUUGGAGACACAAGGGAAACAGCACAGAAAUACUUGUACAUCAAAGUAGGCAGCCAGGAUUGCUGGGACGACAACCAUCAAAGCUCAAAGUCCCUUGCAGUCACGUCCUACAAUUGUCUCUGGAGUGUAGGCGGACGGCGGAGAGAAAAGGAGGGUUUGAGUGUGGCAGCGGGGGACAAGAAGGCGAGAAGCAUCUGGCUCUCUACUUCUCUGAGAAGAACUGAAGCCUUUAGUGGGGAGCAUGUCUGCUGCUGCUCUGGAGAAGUACUGCAGGUCUGUCUUCUGGAAUGCUUCAUACCUGAAUAGAGAAGACCCAGACCUCCCAGUAUGUUUCGAGCAGACAGUGCUGGUCUGGAUCCCCCUGGGCUUCCUGUGGCUCUGUGCCCCGCGACACCUGGCGUCUCUCUGCUGCAGUAAACAAGUGACCAAAAAACACCUGUCCAAGCUCUACAUCUGCAAGCAGAUUGUGGUGUCUCUGUUGCUCCUGACGGCCAUAGCAGCCCUGGCAGUCACAAUAGGGCAAGAUUAUGGUCCAAGCACAGACCCACCUUCAACAGUUAAAAACGCUGGUGUAUACUACGUUAACCCCGUCCUAUACGCAGUCACAUGGGUACUUCUGCUGUUGUGCCAGGAAGGAGUCAGGCGGAGGGAAGGAGCAGUAGACUCAGCCACUAUCUUCGUUUUCUGGUUGUUCCUUGUUCUGUGUGAUGUCUUUCCUUUCCAGACCCUCCUACGAGAGGCACUAAGGCUGGGCGAAAUCACUGAUGUCCCUCGUUUCUGCCUUUUCUACAUUUCCUUUGGCUUAGAGUUGAUUGCACUCAUUCUCUCUGCUGUGCCUGAUAUCGCGCCAGAAGACAAGGAGCUUUUUAAAAAGAAUCCAGAGGCAGGUGCAGCGUUUUUGAGCAGAAUAACUUUCAACUGGUUAAACAGUAUGAUGUUCAAGGGGAACAGGCAACCGUUGGUACAGGAGGACUUGUGGGAGCUGAAGGAGGAAGAUAGCACAGCUCACAUCAACGAACGCUUUGAGAAUUUCAUGAAGUCAGACUUGGCUGCAGCUCGGGUCCGGUUGCAAAAUAAGAUGAAGAAAAAACAGGAUGGCAAAGCUAAGGAAGACACCUUCCUAAAUCCCCUGUCCAACGGACUGGCCAAAGGUGUCAGUCAGGAUGUGCUGAUGAUGGAGGAAAAGGGAAAGAAAGAGGAUGAAAAGAAGGAGAAAAAGAAGAAAAAGGACAAAGAGAAGGAGGAAGAUCAUCCAAAUUCAUGGCUGAUUUCCACCAUUUACAAGACCUUCAAAGGUCUUCUGCUUGAAUCUGCCUUCUUCAAACUGCUGCAGGACCUACUGGCUUUUGCCAGUCCUCAACUUUUAAAAUUGAUGAUCUCUUUCACUCAGGACAAAUCUAGGUAUACCUGGGAGGGUUAUCUGUAUGCAGUGCUGCUGUUAUUGGUGGCCCUCCUGCAGUCUCUGUUCCUGCAGCAGUAUUUCCAGCGCUGCUUUGUGCUGGGAAUGAAGGUUCGCACGGCCAUCAUUGCUGCUGUGUACAAAAAGGCAUUAGUUGUGUCUAAUGACACGCGUAAAGAGUCUACAGUUGGGGAAACAGUGAACCUAAUGUCAGCCGAUGCCCAGCGCUUCAACGAUGUGACCAACUUCAUCCACCUGCUGUGGUCCUGCCCUAUUCAGAUCCUGCUGUCCAUUUUUUUCCUGUGGAUAGAGUUGGGACCUUCUGUGUUGGCAGGUCUGGCAGUCAUGGUCCUGAUGGGGCCGAUCAAUGGACUGAUAGCCACCAAGGCCAGAAAACUCCAGAUAAAGUGCAUGAAGUUCAAAGACAAGAGACUGAAAAUCAUGAAUGAAAUACUUAAUGGAAUUAAGAUUCUGAAGCUAUAUGCAUGGGAGGCAUCCUUCCAGACGCAAGUGGAGGACAUCAGGGAGCAGGAACUUAAAGUCAUGAAGAAGUUUGCCUAUCUGUCGUCUAUCGCUGUCUUUGUAUUCAGCACUGCUCCGGCUUUGGUUUCUCUGGCCACAUUUGCAGUGUUUGUAGGGGUGAGCCCAAACAACAUUUUGACUGCCGAGAAAGCUUUCACCUCCAUCUCGCUUUUCAAUCUCCUCCGAUUUCCCCUGGCCAUGCUGCCCAUGCUCAUCGCUUCCAUUGUGCAAACGACUGUGUCUAAAAAGCGCCUGGAGAAGUUCUUGGGAGGCGAGGACCUUAAAACUGAUAUUGUGCUCCAUGACCCCAGUUUCAACUCUGCUGUUGGUGUACAUGAUGGCUCCUUUGCUUGGGAAAGAGGAUCUGAGCCUCUGCUGAAAAAUAUUUCCUUGGAUAUUAAGCCAGGUCGGUUAGUAGCAGUAGUGGGAGCUGUGGGCUCAGGCAAGUCCUCUCUCAUGUCAGCCCUCCUGGGAGAGAUGCACACCACCAAAGGCUUCAUUAACAUUCAGGGUUCUCUAGCCUUUGUGCCACAGCAAGCCUGGAUCCAAAAUGCGACUCUAAAAGAUAACGUCCUGUUUGGCUCUCAAUAUGAAAAAACCAGGUUCCAGGAGGUGAUACACGCUUGUGCCCUGGAACCUGACCUGCAACUGCUGCCUGGUCGUGAACUCACUGAGAUCGGAGAGAAAGGCAUUAAUCUCUCAGGUGGUCAGAAGCAACGUGUGAGCUUGGCCCGGGCAGCUUACAGUGAGGCUGAUAUUUAUCUAUUAGAUGAUCCCUUGUCUGCUGUGGACUCUCAUGUAGGAAAGCAUCUCUUUGAUGAAGUGAUUGGACCCAAUGGAAUCCUGAAAGACAAGACUCGCAUCCUGGUGACUCAUGGAGUGAGCUUCCUGCCAUAUGUAGAUGAAAUAGUGGUCUUGGUGAAUGGAGUGGUUUCUGUUGGAUCCUAUAAAAGCCUUCGUUCCAGCAGAGGAGCCUUUUCUGAAUUUCUAGACACAUAUGCCAGAGAGCAAAGAAAUCACACCACUUCAGAGUCAGGUGGAGUCAAGGACACUGUAAACGUGGAGCUCAUACCUGAAACUGAAGACCUUCAAGCCGACUCUCCUUUGGAGGACACAGUUUCUCUUACACUAAAGAGAGAAAACAGUAUCCGCCGCAGCACGCGCGUUGGCAGUGUUAGACUAAGAAGAAAAAGCUCUGUAAGAAAUACAGAAGCUGCAGACAAAUCAAACAAAGGCCAGAGACUAAUUGAAAAGGAAACUAUGGAAACAGGACAGGUCAAGUUCUCAGUAUUCCUCCAGUACCUGCGUGCCAUGGGCUGGGGAUAUACCAUCAUCGUCUUCCUGGUUUACUUAUUACAGAACAUUGCUUUCAUUGGUCAAAACUUGUGGCUGAGUGAUUGGACCAAUGAUGCAGUGGACUACUUCAACAUGACAUACCCGAGUUGGAAGAGGGACACCAGAGUGGGAGUGUUUGGAGCUCUGGGAGUGGCUCAAGGCGUCUUUGUGUUCCUCAGUACGAUGCUCAUGGCGAAAGCUUCAAUCUCUGCAUCACGUAUCCUGCAUUCGAGGCUGCUUAACAACUUACUGCGGGUUCCCAUGUUAUUCUAUGACACCACACCCAUUGGAAGAGUUGUCAACCGCUUUGCAAAGGAUAUUUUCACUUUGGAUGAAGCCAUUCCACAGUCCUUCCGCUCCUGGUUAAUGUGUAUGCUGGGUGUGUUGGGGACACUGUUUGUCAUCUGUCUGGCCACUCCUUUUUUCACUAUUAUCAUCAUUCCUCUGGCCGUUGUCUACUACUUUGUACAGCGCUUCUAUGUAGCAUCUUCCAGGCAGCUACGUCGACUGGACUCAGUGUCUCGCUCUCCUAUAUACUCACAUUUUAGUGAGACGGUGUCAGGUCUGUCAGUGAUAAGAGCCUACGGCCAUCAAGACAGGUUUCUAAAGCACAACACAAAAACGAUUGAUGAAAACCUCAAGAGUGUCUACCCGUGGAUAGUGUCAAACAGAUGGCUGGCCAUCCGCCUGGAGUUCCUUGGAAACCUGGUGGUGUUUUUCUCUGCUCUGCUUGCCGUGAUAUCCAGGGACACUCUGGACAGCGGCCUGGUUGGCCUGUCUAUAUCUUACUCCCUUAAUGUAACCCAGACCCUUAACUGGCUCGUAAGGAUGACAUCAGAGCUGGAAACCAAUAUUGUAGCCGUGGAGAGAGUGAGUGAAUACAGCGAGCUUGAGAACGAGGCUAAAUGGGUAACUGACACUCGACCUCCAGAGAACUGGCCCGAGGCAGGAAGAGUUCAGUUUGAAAACUACAAGGUCCGUUACAGACCUGGAAUGGACCUGGUGCUGCAUGGCAUCACCUGUGACAUCAACAGCACUGAGAAGAUUGGUAUAGUGGGCCGCACAGGAGCCGGGAAAUCAAGCCUGACCAACUGCCUGUUUAGGAUUAUUGAAGCUGCUGAAGGUCGUAUCCUCAUUGAUGGUGUAGAUGUUUCCACAAUAGGCCUGCAUGACCUCAGAAACAGCCUCACAAUCAUACCACAGGAUCCAGUGUUGUUCUCGGGGACCUUGAGGAUGAACCUUGACCCGUUUGACAAAUUCAGCGAUGAGGCAAUCUGGAAAGUGUUGGAGCUCUCCCAUCUGAAGAACUAUGUAGCAGGACUGCAGGAAGGACUACAACAUGAAGUUGCAGAGGGGGGAGAGAACCUCAGUGUUGGGCAGAGGCAGCUGCUUUGCCUGGCUCGGGCACUGCUGAGGAAGUCUCGUAUCUUAAUCCUGGAUGAAGCCACGGCAGCUGUUGACCUGGAGACAGACGACCUGAUUCAAACCACCAUCCGCCAGGAGUUUUCACACUGCACUGUCCUCACCAUCGCCCACCGCCUGCAGAGCAUCAUGGACAGCUCCAGGGUUAUGGUGCUUGAUGCUGGAAAAAUAGUGGAAUUCGAUUCUCCGAGCAACCUGCUUGAAAAACGUGGCAAUUUCUAUGCCAUGAUCAAGGAUGCUGGAAUAACACAAGAAGACGUCACAAGUCUUUGAUUUUGAAAUAGGACUUUCAAUUUAACUCCAUAAAUUGCUUAUGUUGUCAGAUUUUUCUUCAAAGGCUGGAUUGUGCUUCGAUAUGAAGAAAUAUUUUACAUUUGUAUUUAAAGGAAACAAUAAAAACAAGUCUUAUGCUGUACGUAAAUCAUUUUAGUAGACAAAAUAAAUAUUCUUUCUAAAAUAAUGGGUAAUCGUUUUUGAUGAAUAAAACUUCAGUUGUUCAACCUCUGUGUCAUAUCGAACACUGUGUUUAAUGGGUCUCAACAGUAACAGCUUAACAUUAUGUGAAGUACACAUACAGCACUAUAGGUGAGAGUUAGAUGAGAAGAUUGACACUCAUGUGUUUAAUGAAUACUGUGUAAGCCAAUCAAUUGUUGUUUUCUUUUCGUUUAGAUUUCUUUUCCCAUGCCAACCAGCUACUGAGAUGUUUUUCUGCAGGCUGGCUGUCGGUUUAUUUUUAGUAGAUAGGAAUAAGAGUUCAGUUUGAAAUCUCAUCUGACUCAUUCUCAUGUGAGAGAAAGCAUUUCACAAAAUAUAAAAUAAAUGAUUUAAUAAUCAAAUAA